AUGCUGCGUGAGGAGCGGAAGUCCUCAUCUGGGAAAGCUCUCUCCCAGGCAGCAGCUUCGCCCGCUGGCCCCGUCUUUGACGACGACGGCUUGCAAGACGGCAGCUUCAGUGGCCGCGGCAGCAGUUGCACACGUCGCCAACAGCAGAAGUCAGCGUUGCCGACCAGUUCACUCGAUCACACCGCAUCUGGCACGUCUUUGCUGUAUCAAUUCUUCAGCGGAUCCAAGGCCGCCGCCACGCCGCCGCACAUCAGCAGCUCCGAAGCUAAACCAGGCGAUAGAGACGGCUGCGGGCGGCGCGGCGGCUUGGACAGCUCGUCGUCGCCGGCCGCCGCAGGGGCAGAAACCGCCGCCGCUGCCGCCACUGCCACCGUCGCGGAUCGCUGGCUCAGGACCGCAUCGCCGCCGCCAGCAGCUCCGCCGCCGGCGCCGCCGGCACCAAUGGCAGGCGUCACGGACGUGCAAGAAGAGCAAACUGCGCAGCGCCGGCAGGCCUUGCUGCGCCGGCCUACUGGACCGUCAGCAGUGGCGGCGGCGGCGUACGACAAUGACAGUGGUGGAGACGACGGUAGUGACGGCGACGGGGCCGCCACCGUGCCUGUGGUCUACUUCUCCGGCGCUAUGUACCAGCCGUCGUCGCCGACGACGCAACGUCGUACAGCAAGUCGGCGCGCGACCCGGGCGGCCGCUGCCACAGGCACGAAUUCCACAGCAGUGCUGGAUGCCGACGGGGGCGGCAGAGCGCCAGCGUCGGAUUCUUUGUACGAGACUGCUGCGGUUGAGCCGGGGAUUACGUCUUGGCCGCUCGACACUGCUACCGCCGCGGCCGCCGCCGCCGCCGCUGCAAUAGAUUACGACUGGCUGCAAUCAGCACCCGGGGCGCCUCGUCUACCGGCAUCGACGUGUCCUUCUACGAGUCAGCUCGGCGGCCACAGCAGAUUUGGCAGUAGCCCGCCUCAAUGCGCAUCAAAUCCCGUGAUUCCGUUGGCGAACCAACUGCCCCAACGGUCACGCCUCGGUAGUACUGCAGGUGCUGAACCACAUGGUGUCAGCAGCAGCUGUUCUUCAACAAAUGCUGUAGUGUACAAGGACCACGUGUUCGUACCGGGAUUUUACGACGUGUACGGACGCGGCCAUGCGACUGGGAGAAGCGGCGGCGCUGGCGGCGGCGAUCGCAUGCCGCGUGUGUGGAGCGCAAACGGGGGUCUGAGCGGCGGCAGCAGUACUGCAGCGCGGGGGCAUCGCACGGCAAGCUAUGUUCUGGGUUCGUUGGUGGUUAUGGGGGUGGUGAUAUUGGGCCUUGUCGGAAGACACAGCCACGGCCAUGGAGCGGCCGGCUGUGUGCCGUUAGGAUACGGCACUGCAAACCUUUCGCUACUGAAUUCUUUGUUCAACACAUCCGCCAACCCGCGGUAUAUCAACAUUGGCAGUUGGCGCCACAGCCAACCAACGGAAUCCAACCGUCUUGCCAGCAACCCCCAACCGCGCGCCGGGCUCUCAGGGGACGCGGCGCUGUUCGUGGUAUCGAGAUUUGGUCGACUGGUGCUCGCUGACGGCCGCCCUUUCCGAAUCAUGGGGCUCGACGUUCCCCCACUGAUGGAGUGGGCGGGACGGAGGGCGACACGGCCGCAGGCCCGGAAUCUGCUGGCCUCAGCCGCCCGAAUGGGACUCAACACUGUGCGGUUCUUCGCCUUCUCGGAUGGUUUCGGAGCCGGAGCCGUGGCCGGCGGUGGCGGUGGAGAUGGCGAUCGAAGUGGACCUCCAGGAGGUGGAGGUGGUGGGGGCGGGGGUGGUGGUGUGGCGGCUACCCGGCCUGUGGUCCAGGUGGCUCCGGGAAUACUGGACAGCUGGGCGCUGAGGCAGGGUUUCGACUGGGUGGUUGCUGCGGCGCGGCGAUACGGCCUGCGCGUGAUUCCCGUACUUACGGAUGGAAGCAGUAAUCGGUACGGCGGUAUGUGGCAGUACAUUCAGUGGAUUAAUGCGACCGACACUGUGACGGCCUUCUACUCCAAUGACACAUACAAGGCGCUGUUCUUCGACUACCUAACCGCCCUGGCCGUGCGCAACAACAGCUACACGGGGUUGCAACACCGCCACGACCCGACCAUACUGGCCUGGGACCUGGCGAAUAGCGCUCGUAUGUAUGUACUUAUGUAUGUAUGUAUAUCUGUGGUAAUUAGGAGACGUUAUUUAUCGCCUGACCUUAAUCCCUUUCCGUUCUCUUGGUUGAUGGUUGGUGGUUGGUGCCUAAUUAGGCCACGAGACCCUGGCAACAUGGGCAGCGAGCACCUGCAGGGAUGGUUGCCGUACAUGGCCAAGUUCCUUCGUACAAUGGACCCCAACCACCUCAUCUUCGCCGGUCUUGAUGGCUUCUUCGGCCGUCACUCGCCGUACCUCCUGCCGUACAACCCGCCGGCGCAUGCCUGGGCGCCGGCCGGGGGCCCCAAGCCGCUCUUCGCUGCCGGCGGAGACAGUACGACAGGCGUGACGGCAGCGACGGCGACGGCGACGGCUUGGUCCUGGACCUGGUGGGGCGGCAGCGGCAGCGCUCUGGGAGGCGACCCAUGGGACCCUGUCUGUGAAGGCGUAGAUUUUGUACGGAACACGAUGAUGCACCAAAUGGAUCUGGCGGUUGCCCACGUGGCACCUGACGAUUGGUUGCUGAGCGGACCCGUGGGUCGAUUGCGGUGGGCGGCGGGCUGGGUAGCCGCUCACCUUCUAGACGCCCUGAGGGCACAGAAGCCCCUGCUGCUAAUCAUCAACGCGGGCGCAGCAGAUCCAGGAGAUGGCAACGGUACGGCACCGCCGCCGCCGCUGUCGCCGGCGGCUGCCUACCGACGGCGGCUCUUGUCGGAGACCUUCGCAACACUGGAGCGGGCUGACGCCGCUGGGUUGCCCGUCGCGGGCACCCUCAUCUCCACCCCCUUCCUGGACUGGGGCGUGGUGCCGGACGCGACGGAGACCCCGGAUCCCGGAGCCGCGACCACGGCCACUUCAGACGACGGCGCCCGCGCCAGCGGGGCGGACGGCGGCAAGGGCCGUGGCGGAAGCGGCGUUGGUGGCGGCGACGGUGGCGACGGCGGCGGCGACGGCGGCGGAAGCGGACGAAGAGGGGGGUUUGAGGGCGGUGGUCGAAGCGGCGGCGCCGCCGGCAGCGGCAACGGCGGGACAGUCGGCGGUCAUCGGCGACGGGGAGGUCAAGGUGGCAUGAACCCGCUGGCGCCCGCUGGCUCCGACAGCGCGAGGGGCGCUAAUGACGGUAGCGGCGGCGGCAGCGGCGGCCGCGCCCAAGCUGCCGACCCACGGAUCACAGCUGCCGCCGUCACUGCCAGCACAUGGGCCACAGCUGCCAGUGACCCACGGGUCACUCGCAUAGCGCAGCAACUGGAGUGGCGGCGCUUUAUGAACUGGGAGUCUAUGGUAAAAUGUGCACCACCACCACCAGCACAAGCACCACCACCAGCACAAGCACAAGAACAAGCACAAGCAGCAGCAGUCCAAGCAUCAGGCAGCAGUGGCGAUGGGAAAAAAGGGGCAGGAAGCGGAGGAGAAAGGGGCGGUCGGAAUGACGAUUCUGUGGAGAUUCUAGCGGUCCGCCCAGCUACCGCCGAUGGCGGCGGCGACGCCACUGCCGACGGAGAUCCUGCCGCACGCGACCACGACAGCGAAGGCGGCGCUGGUGUCGAAGGUCGUCAAGAGGCUUUGUUGCGUAGGGGUGCCUAUCCCGCUGGUGGCGGCGGCAGCGGCGGCGCCGCCACCAGCGCAGCAAGGCGUAGCGAAAUGGAACGUGGAGCCCGCGACGGCGGCGGCGGCGGGGGGAGUGGCGAUGGCGGCGACGGCAGCUGGGUUGGUAGCGGAAGAGGUUCCGCUGCACGAGCAAGAAAGGCAGCGAGGGCCGCGGCAGCGGCGGCAACGACGGCGUUGCUUGGCGGCGACGAUGUCGUACAGUUGAUAUCAAUCCAUGCGGCGGCGCUGCAACGCCGCGAGGCGCGGCCGACGAUGGGUGAGGCGGCGGCGGCGGCGGCGGCGGCAGUGGCGGCGGCGGCAGAGCGACAUUGUGGAGGGGACGCAGGGGACGGCCGUUGGAGCCAGCUACCUAGCUGUGCAUCUGUACGGCGAUGA